CAGCCUUCCUAUAAACCCUAACUUUCAAUCCUCAUUUCCCCCUGCAACUCAGCUCCCUCUCCCCCUCUCCCCCCUUCCCAAACAAUCCAACCCCUGAAGGAAAACCCAACUCUCUCUCACCACUUAAAUCAAUGGAACUCAUCAAAAUCAUCUUCACAAUCACCAUAACAAUGGCCAUCACUAUCACUCUCACCAUGCAAAACAUCGGCGAAGUGGUUUACGACACCCCAUUCGAGCAUCGAUUCCCCGCUCAUGAAAACGCCAUCGUUCUCCCCACUAAACGGGGCAGCCGGUUUCUCGCAGAAGUGAAGAACCCUAGAGCCGCGGAUCACUGCCACAAAGAUAACACCGUCUGUCAAGCUCAAGGCAAAAACGCGACGUGUUGCAACAACAAGUGCAUGGAUUUGUCGACCGACGAAAACAACUGCGGCGCCUGCAAGAAGAAGUGCAAGUUCACAGAAGCUUGCUGCCGAGGCCAGUGUGUGAAUCUCGCCUUCGAUAAGAGGCAUUGUGGCUUCUGCAACAACCGGUGCCUCAAGGGAGAAUAUUGUGUUUAUGGACUGUGUGAUUACGCAUAAUAACGAUGAAGAUGAUGAAUGAUACGCUGCAUUUCAGUUGGUGAGGUUGGUAAUUUUAUCCUCAAUACAAUAAAAUAAUUACUUUAAAUAUUUUAAUGUAA